AUGCCAUACAACUGCUGCCUGCCAGCCCUGAGCUGCCGCACCAGCUGCUCCUCCCGGCCCUGCGUGCCCCCCAGCUGCCAUGGCUGCACCCUGCCCGGGGCCUGCAACAUCCCCGCCAAUGUGGGCAACUGCAAUUGGUUCUGUGAGGGCUCCUUCAAUGGCAAUGAGAAGGAGACCAUGCAGUUCCUGAAUGACCGCCUGGCCUCCUACAUGGAGAAGGUGAGGCAGCUGGAGAGAGAGAAUGCAGAGCUGGAAUGUAGGAUCCAGGAGAGGAACCAGCAACAGGACCCCCUGGUGUGUCCUGCCUACCAGGCCUACUUCAGGACCAUUGAGGAGCUGCAGCAGAAGAUCCUGUGCAGCAAAUCAGAGAACGCCAGGUUGGUGGUGCAGAUAGAUAAUGCCAAGUUGGCUGCAGACGACUUCAGGACUAAAUAUGAGACAGAGCUCGGUCUGCGGCAGCUGGUAGAGUCAGACAUCAACGGCCUGCGAAGGAUCUUGGACGAGCUGACCCUGUGUAAGUCUGACCUGGAGGCACAGGUGGAGUCCCUGAAGGAGGAGCUGCUGUGUCUCAAGAGGAACCAUGAAGAGGAAGUCAACACCCUGCGCUGCCAGCUUGGAGACCGCCUCAACGUGGAGGUGGACGCUGCUCCCACUGUGGACCUGAACCGCGUGCUCAAUGAGACCAGGUGUCAGUACGAGGCCCUGGUGGAAACCAACCGCCGGGAAGUGGAGGAAUGGUUCACCACACAGACAGAGGAGCUGAACAAGCAGGUGGUGUCCAGCUCAGAGCAGCUGCAGUCCUGCCAGGCCGAGAUCAUCGAGCUGAGGCGCACAGUCAACGCCCUGGAGAUCGAGCUGCAGGCCCAGCACAGCAUGAGAAACUCUCUGGAGAACACCCUGACAGAGAGUGAGGCUCGCUACAGCUCCCAGCUGUCCCAGGUGCAGUGCCUGAUCACCAACGUGGAGUCCCAGCUUGGUGAGAUCCGGGCUGACCUGGAGCGUCAGAACCAGGAGUACCAGGUGCUGCUGGAUGUCAAGGCCCGGCUGGAGUGUGAGAUCAACACAUACAGGGGCCUGCUGGAGAGCGAGGACUGCAAGCUACCUUGCAACCCCUGUGCCACAAGCAAUGCGUGUGGCAAGCCCAUUGGGCCCUGCGUCUCCAAUCCCUGCGCCCCCUGCCCGGCCCCUGCCCCUUGCACACCUUGUGUCCCACGUCCCCGUUGUGGGCCAUGCAACUCCUUUGUACGCUAG